CUGUGACGUCAGCGCUGGGCGCGCCCUCGCGCGGGGGGAGGGGCAGGGCGGCGGCGGGAGCGCGCGGGGCGGCGGGUCGGAGCCGAGGCGCCGAGCGGGGGGAGCGAGGCCCGGCCCUGGGCCGGCAGACACAAGCUUUACAGAUGACCCAACGCUAGAGCCCUGUGGCCAAGCCACCCGUUAGUCAUCCGAUAAUGGGUCAACAUAUCUCCAACCAAGCUCCGACGGUCUUUACUAAGUUACCGGACAGGGUGAUGAGGCAUGCUGCCCUGGUGAGGGAAAGUGGCUUCCUGACCUAUGAGGAGUUUCUUGCCAGAGUGGCAGAGCUUAAUGAGAUUAUGGAGAGGUUGGCUGCAGGACAGGAAAAGUACUUGCUGUUUGAAGUACAGCCUGGAUCUGACUCCUCAGCUCUUUGGAAGGUCAUUGUUCGCAUUGUAAGCUCAAAGAUUAACAAGACCACUGGAAAUAUUGAGGCCUCCAGAAUUCUAAAUCUCUAUCAGUUCACUCAGCUGUAUCGGGAGAUCACCAUGCAGGCAGGCGGAGUGCUUGGCCAAAGCAGCAUCUGUGAGGACACGUCAGCAGAUGGACCAUCCUGCCAGGCCAGCAUCUGGCUGGGCAAGAUUAAGGAGCUGACAGACGAGGAAGAGUGUUGUAUCUGUAUGGAUGGUCGAGCUGACCUCAUUCUGCCCUGUACGCACAGCUUCUGCCAGAAAUGCAUUGACAAAUGGAGUGAUCACAACAGGAACUGCCCAAUUUGUCGGCUGCAAGUGAAGGAGGCCGGCGACUCCUGGGUGGUGUCUGAUGCACCGACAGAAGAAGACAUCGCCAGCUACAUCCUCAAAAUAGCAGAUGAGGCUGGGCAACCCCACAAGCCCUAGGACUUGCAGGAGCUGUUUAUCCCCUGACAACAGACUCCUUAAAUCUGGUCUCUUUUACACACACAAAUCAUCUCCCACAGAUUUUGAGCACUGAGGCCGUUGUAUAUUGGAUCACUUUUGAUUUUUGCCCUGGCAAUUUGAUGAUGAGCUAAAGCAGACUACAGGGUGGCUGCAGAUCCUGGCUGUGUUCUUGUGAAGCAGUUGAUGCACUGGCAAGCGUGCAUUUUGUCCAUGUUGGCAAGACCACCUCUAGCACUCACUUUUGUUUUGUUGGUCCUUUCAAUAAGUGUGACCGUGUGACUUCAUAUGAAUUGAUAAGAGGUGUUUGCCUCCUAAAAAUGUAGCUACUAAUCCAGUAUUUGUGCCUGAGUUCAUCACUGCAUGUGAGAUUUAAUUGCUGGGCUGAGACUUGGUGGUGAUUUUCCAAGCAGGGAUGUGGAUAUCUGUGCUUGUAAUGAACUGAAAUAGAACUGCAGACAGAACAGAAUAAGAUGGUGAUUUAACAGCCGAUUGUGCCUGAUGGAUUAUAAAUUCUGCUUUUAAAAGACUUGCUGCUUCUGUGAGGAUACUCCUAGAUUUUCAUAAAUAUGGGUUGUCUUAAAAAAAUGUUUUAUAGAUAGUAAUUAGUGAGGAACAGGUGCACUGUGAGUGCACUGAGUGACAGUGAAUAUUGCUUUAGCUCAUGAAAGUAACCUGCUUUGGUUUGCAGUUUAUGGCCACGGUUGCUCCUAUGUACAAAAAGAAAAUUUACUUCAUUUGUAUUGGUGCUUUAAUGAUUUUUCAUUUUUGAAAAGCAACGUUGCCCUUUCAGCUUUUAUGUGUAGGAGACAAUUGAAUUUAUAAGAUUAUUCAAGUAUUUGCAAAUUCUAUCAAAUCAAUUUGCAUCACAGACCACGUCAAGAUUUACUGCUUCUCAACCUCCAUCUGUUUCCAAGAUUCCUUUACAUUGGACGUUCCUCUUUACCCAAUCUCUUACUCAAAAUAAGUCUCUUUAUUUUUUUGUAAAAUUACUGUUUCCACAAGCAGACUGUGAAGGCAGGGUGCUGAAGUCUCUAUUUUAAUUGCUUCAUCAAUCUGACUUGUUCUAGUUUCUGAAGAUGGUAAGCAGUUCUGGAGGGAGUUGCAGUGCAAACGUGCAGUAUUGGGUAUCUACUGCAGCAGUGUUUACAAAUUAUCUUAACACUUGAAUUCCUGCUGAUGAAUGUGAAGAAUUGCAGUGCGCAGACCGGUUAGUAUGUGGAGUACUGUGCGUAAGCAUCGAGCAAUGAAACUUUGCGGCUCUCGCCUUCCACAGAGGGCUUUCAGUAGCACAUUCAAAGUCUUGUCACCCAGGUUGUUUGUUCCUAUUAGUACAGCCUUCUCAGUCACCCUGACCAAUGUACUAAUCACCUGUGUUGAAAAUAGAGGCAAGAAAUUAGACUAUGAAGAUCCUUUUGCUGUUGGCUAGUAUCCAAGUGUCCAGUAGCCGGGAUUCAAAGAUGGUGGUAUAACCUGCAUCCUGAACAGUUUAAUUGCACGAUAAUGAAGUUAAUGACUACUAAUUAUUACGUUAGUAUUUUUGAUGGUCAUGGCUGUCUUUUAUUGAUGAGUAAUGUACACCUAUUUGUGUUACCUUGCAGGAAGAUCUGGGAAGUUCUUUGCUUUAUUGGUGAAAUCUUUUUAAUUAGUUUUGUCUGUUGGCUGGAUGUAGACCAAUAAAAGGUUUUGCCCAUUA